GGGUCCGAGUGGAAUCCCAUGUCUUCGUCCGCGGCCAGCGAGGAGUUAAAAAUCUCAGGUCCAUCGUAGAGUCCCCCCGAUAUCACCAAGGUGUCAUCCGGUACGGACCUGUCCCCUGUAGGAGGAAGAGCAGCAUAAUGACCAAGACUUUCCUCUCUCUCUUUGCCGAUUGACAGCUCCUGUCGUGUGGAGAUGGCUUUGGAUUUGUCCGUUUCCAUUCUCCUCUGCCUGCUGGUGGGGCAGGCGCUGACCAAAUGCGCUCCCCAAAACUACACGCUCUACGUGGAGAGAAAGGGGUGUGAGCACUGCGUGGCUGUCAACACCACUGUCUGCAGCGGAUACUGUUUCUCACGGGACAUUAACGUGAAGGAGUGUGGGCUGAGGCCCUUUCCCUGGCAGCGGGCCUGCAUGUACCGGUCACUGGCCUACCACACUGUGCUCCUGCCCGGGUGCCGGCGCGACACCGACCCCCUGUUCUCCUUCCCCGUGGCCCUGUUCUGCCACUGCAGCCGCUGCAACACCAGCACCACGGAGUGCCUACACAGGGUUAAGAGGUUUCCCAACCCGCGCGACACACCCCUCUGCCACGCCAAGUCCCUGUCUGAAGCAGCCGCCACUACCCCAGGGAUCGAAGAAUGAAAGGCUUUGCGAAAUCCUAAAAAAUGUGGGUGAGGUAACAAUGUCAUCGACUGACCUAGGAAUUUUAAAGGCCCAUGCGCAUCAGCUUUCUCUUCCUGGUUUUAGUAUGUGAAACGACCACAAAACGUUCGGAAAGAGCAGAGUCCCUAACCACGCCCCCAGAGUGCCCCAGAGCCCAAUGGUAACAUUUAGUGAUGUUGACUGAUAAUUAUUCAAAAACAUACGUCAUGUCACAUGGGAAACCAUUUUACAAACAGCUUGGAAAAAUAGCACUUUAUCUGUAAAAUAUGCAUACUUCAACCAAAAUUGAUUUGUUUGUACCCAUGUACAGUAUGGAACACAAAUCGAAAGCUCCAAGAUGAUAUGAAACCUUUGGAAAUGCUUGUGGGCCUUUAACCAAUUGCUGUGGUGUUGCUUCAGAGAAUAAAAUAAUUUUGAUUGGUUUAGGCAUGUCAAAGGUUGACAGCUCAUUGUAACUCCACCCCAUUUUGAGGGCCAUUGAAACCUCACAUUUGUCAUCACUGGCUUAAUUGUACUUGCUAGCUUGACUGUUACUGUGUACUCUGAUAGUUUAGUACGUGAAAUGUCGGGUGGUAGUUGUACACAACUGGAAGUACUGUAGCAGUGAAGUAGAGCACAAAGUGAAGUUAGGAUGUCUGCUAUAUAUCAGUGUUUAUCAUUCAGAAUAAUGUCUGUGUAGUGCACUGUAAACUCCCUCCAUGGUUUUAGCCCUGAUAGGGCGAUAGGUUAAUCAGGUCAAGUUUUGGUGUCAGGUCACAGGAACUAUGCUAUCAGACCUGGAAUGAAAAGCACACAAGGUAUCUGAGAUUUUUAAAUUUAUUUGAUCUAUAUUUAUCCAAGCAGAGAACAAACUUACCUAUCGGCAUACUACUACACAUCUAAACAGUAUGGCUUUGCUGCUAUUAUCUCCCGCCAUUAUCUCACAAAGUCAGGAAUGCCUAAAUGUAAGCCUCAGCCUCCCUUUGAAAAUCUGUUGAAAGUGCGGUAAACUAAAAUAUCGUUCACUUACGUUUAGCUACACCGUUGUCCUUUGAGCUCAUAUGAACCUCAGUAUCCUGCGUAAUGUGAGAAUAACAGUGACGAAGACGAUGGUGAAAAUGAUGGUGAUUGUGAUGACGGUGGUGGGGGUAUGUUUUGUUCUUGCUGUAGUUGUUGUCUAUGAAAAUGUUUUGUAUCAAAA